CAGUGAGUUAGCUUGAACUCCACGUUCUUCUGAGAAGAAAUUAUUUUCUUCAAAUAAAAAAUCCACAAGAGAAAUAAAAAACAAAAAAAAACAAUGCAAACUGCUAUGGAUAAGAGAAUAGAAACAGUGAAGUCGAGAUUCAAGAGGGUUUGUGUUUUCUGUGGAAGCAGCAGCGGAAACAAAGACUGUUACAGAGAUGCUGCCAUUGAUCUAGCUCAAGAGCUGAUUGAGAGGAAACUGAAUCUUGUGUAUGGAGGAGGAAGCAUUGGUCUCAUGGGUCUGGUCUCACAAGCUGUUCAUGAAGCUGGAGGUCAUGUGCUAGGGAUCAUACCAAGAACUCUUAUGGACAAAGAGAUCACCGGAGAAACAUUUGGUGAGGUAAGAGCUGUGGCUGAUAUGCAUCAACGGAAAGCCGAAAUGGCAAGCCACUCCGAUUGUUUCAUUGCACUACCAGGUGGGUAUGGAACAUUGGAGGAGUUAUUGGAAGUAAUAACAUGGGCACAACUUGGAAUCCACGACAAGCCUGUGGGAUUGUUAAAUGUGGAUGGUUAUUACAAUGACCUCCUCACUUUCAUUAAUAAAGCCGUUGAUGAUGGCUUUAUCAAGCCAUCUCAGCGUCACAUCUUUGUCUCUGCUCCUAAUGCCAAAGAGCUUGUCCAAAAACUUGAGGCAUAUGAGCCUGUGAUUGAUGGAGUCAUAUCAAAAUCAAAGUGGGAGGUUGAGAAGAAAGUGCAACAUCCACAACAACAAGUUGUGUUCUGUCCUAACACAAGCAUUCCUACUGAGAUUGCUCUUUAGACUUCUAGAGUGUCUUUAUGUAUCCUACCCGUAUUAUGUUUAUCAUCCAAAAAUGCUUAAUAACUGAAUCUAUAGUCUAUUCACUCCCUUGUUCAUAUCUUCAAGUGAAUGUUUUUGGUUGUAUUAUUUUUUACUGUUUCUUCACUUUUAUCAUAGUAAUACAUUUUCAGAAUAAUUCAUA